CCCACAGACACAGGUGAGGCAGCGCAGGCAAGUUCUAUAAAAAUGGGGUUAGCUAUAAUAAUCUGAACAAAUCCAAAUGUUUAUAAAAGUGCUUAAAAGUCAAGUUCUGUUGUGAUGGUAUAGGGUGAGGGAGUUAGGGAAUGCAUUCUGCCAAUGAGUGUCCUCACUAAGAUAGAAGGGCGUGUGUGUGUGAGUGUGUAUGUUUUUGUGUGCGUGUGUGUGCGGGAGUGUGUGUCUGUGGGACUCUAUCACAGAUCAGAGUCUCGGGUCUGCAGCAGCUCGCAGGGCAAGAGUUCACCGGUCUGUCGCUAACUUACCCGGGGAGUUUCUCUCAGUCUGACGAGAGCUCCGCCGAGUUUACAGCUGAACACAUGUGAUCAAGGAAGGAGUCGCGCUCCGCAACACAACUCCACACUUCACCCAUGGAUAGAAGUUAAAGCCUCUGAGGAACACCGGAUAAGUUACAGGCGGAGGUUUCACUCACUGUAGGGACGGACGGCGGCGGCGAUGCCCGUUUAACCGGAGGAAGAUUCCUGACGGUGUUUGAGAAGAGCGUGAGAGCGGCCCGAGACAUGAUGUCCAUUGGACCUGAUAGCUGACACUGUAGCAUGAGAGAGGAUGGAGCAGACAGACAACCCUGCCCCUGAGAGCAACAACCCUAAUGGGUUUGUCAACCGAGUGUUUAGUGUUUCUCUGGAUGUGGAGAAUGAGACGAGCAGUGUUUAUAUUCAGGAGCCUGGUCCAGUGCCUGCGGAGGGGCAGGGAGGGACCCAAGAUGCCUCUUCUCAGUCCCCUGUCAAGGACAGACAGGAGGUCAACCGGAGGCCCCGUGCCUCGGGCGGCAUCUGGAAGAUCUUGAAUCGAAAGAGAGCUAUGUCCGAGCUGGAGAGGCGACCCCACUCCAUGAUCUUGCCCGGGGAGGCUUCCAUCCCUAAACUCUCAUUUGCUGACAAAGUUCGCUCCUUCAAGAAGCUCAAGUCGCCCUCUGUGUUCAGGGGCAAGGCAGGGAAACUGUCAGCGGCCAGGUUCGGCAGCUCGUUUGUUGACGAGGAGUCUUUCUGUGGGGACAUUGGCACUCCACAGCAGUUCAGUAGGGGCACGCUACGACACCGUGGCAAGCGGCACUCGUAUGCUGGCUACACUGGCGAAUUUGACUGCUCGUUUGAAGAUAUUGACCUCUCAGCUACUUUGGACAGGCAUCAGCCCACUGUGACAGGAGAGGCUGUGACUCAGAACGGUUGUAAAUCAUCUGAAAGAGUUUCCUAUACCAAGCGAAGCCACAACAAUUCAAACAACUGUAACAAAACAGCUUCAGGCUAUGAAGAGCCCAGCAUCAAGGGGAGCCUGCGCAACCACCAGGGGAGAGGGAGGAGGCAAAAAGAUGUGUGGAGUUACCUGAGGAGGAUUUCUCUUCUGGGGAAGGCCAACCCUGUUUACUCAGAGAGCUUUGACUCUGAACUCCCCUCUCUGGACAAAACCAUCGACUCAGACUAUGGCUCUGUAGACUUUGAGAUUGUCAGAGACUUGCAACCUCCGCCCCCGAAACACUCUGACACCAAGGGGCACUUUGGUGGCCUGUUCAAGUUUUUCAACAGCGUAGCAGAGACGGCCAGAAAAUGGCGGACGACAUCUCGUUCCUUCUCACCUCCAGAGGGAGAGGCGACUCCGAUGAGCUCCCCGCGGGCUCCACAGCGCACAGUGGACAACAUUCACAGUGUGUCCCUGACGCUCCACAGCGAAGGACUUCCAACAUCCCAGCCUAACCCGUCGUCCCCAGUGAACACUAAAUCCUCACACUCCAGUUGCUUUGAAAGUGAUUCUACAGUGCCUGCGACAGGGGGACGAUCCCCUAAGGUGGUGCUGAAAGCCUUCAGGGCAUGCCCAAGAUCUCAAGCUGUCAAUGGCCUCAAGAGCUCUGAGGGUACAGACAAACAUAUGGAUGGAGAGGCAAACCACACGUCCACAGCCAUAGUGGAGAAUCACAUCCCUCAGUCAUGUCCAAACACAGAGUCUAAAUACGUAACAGGGGUUAAAAGAGAUCCAUCACCCUGUCUCUGUCAAGAGGAAAAGGUAGAGGGACAGACAGGAAAUGAGCAGGAUUCCAAGGAUGCUCCACCUGACUCCCACCAGAUACAGGAAGUGAAUGUGCAAUCACAACAAGGUGAUAAAGAGAGUACAACCAAUAGCGUGCCCGCAUCAGAUUCCACAGAGGAAAUAUUCAAGGCCUUGUCUCGCCCCCCGGGUGUGUCACCAUUAGAGCCCCCACUUCGGGCAUCUCUCCAGCGCUGCAGCUCCCUGCCGCUUUCCCCCCGCACACUCACGGCCUUGGCGCGGCUGCUGCCUCACUCAGAUAUGGGUCAGUUGUCAUCGUCGGUGCGUUUGCGGUCUGGAGACUCCGGGAGCUGUAGGAGGAGGAGGCUGUUGAGACCUGGCUCAGAACCACUGCAGGUCAACAUGUUGAUAAGUGGAGGUUCAAUCGUCAAUGCUGAGGCGGUAUGGGACCAUGUGACCAUGGCGGACCGGGAGUUGGCGUUUAAGGCCGGCGAUGUCAUCAAGGUGCUGGAUGCCUCCAACAAGGACUGGUGGUGGGGCCAGAUUGAUGAGGAGGAAGGAUGGUUCCCUGCCAGCUUUGUACGGCUGUGGGUGAACCAGGAGGACGGGGGAGUGGAGCCAGCUGAGGGGACCAGUGAGGUGCAGAACGGGCACCUGGACCCGAGCAAUGACUGCCUGUGUCUGGGCUCUCCUCUCCAGAACCGAGACCAGAUGAGAGCCAACGUCAUCAAUGAGAUCAUGAGCACAGAGAGACACUACAUCAAACACCUCAAGGACAUCUGUGAGGGCUACCUGCGCCAGUGCAGGAAGCGCGUGGACAUGUUCAACGACGACCAGCUGAGAGUCAUCUUUGGCAACAUCGAGGACAUUUACCGCUUCCAGAUGGGCUUCGUCAGAGACCUGGAGAAACAGUACAACACGGAGGACCCGCACCUCUCUGAAAUCGGACCAUGCUUUUUAGAACAUCAAGAUGGGUUUUGGAUCUAUUCGGAGUACUGUAACAACCACCUGGACGCCUGUAUGGAGCUGAGCAAGCUGAUGAGGGACGGCAGGUACCAGCACUUCUUCGAGGCCUGUCGCCUCCUCCAGCAAAUGAUUGACAUCGCCAUAGACGGCUUCCUGCUCACCCCUGUCCAGAAAAUCUGCAAAUAUCCACUCCAGUUGGCCGAGCUGCUCAAAUACACCGCACAGGAGCACAGUGACUAUCGAUACGUGGCAGCAGCCCUGGCAGUAAUGCGGAACGUCACUCAGCAGAUCAACGAGAGGAAGAGGAGGCUGGAGAAUAUUGACAAAAUCGCCCAGUGGCAAGCUUCUGUUCUGGACUGGGAGGGAGAUGAUAUCCUGGACAGGAGCUCGGAGCUCAUCUACACAGGGGAGUUGUCAUGGAUCUAUCAGCCGUACGGACGCAGCCAGCAGCGAGUCUUCUUCCUCUUUGAUCACCAGCUGGUCCUCUGUAAGAAGGACUUGAUACGCAGGGAUAUCCUGUACUAUAAGGGCCGCAUUGACAUGGACCGCUACGAGGUGCGGGACGCCUUAGACGGGCGCGACGACGACUUCAACGUCAGCGUGAAGAACGCCUUCAAGUUGUGCAACAAAGACAGCGAGGAGAUCCACAUCUUCCUGGCCAAGAAGCCGGAGGAGAAGAUCCGCUGGCUCAGGGCCUUCCACGAGGAGAGGAAGAUGGUGCAGGAGGACGAGAAAAUCGGUUUCGAGAUCUCUGAGUACCAGAAGCGGCAGGCGGCCAUGACAGUGAGAAAGGUGACUAAACAGAAAGGUGUAAACAGGUGCACGCCCCCCUCAUACCCGCCCCCGCAGGACCCCCUCAGUGCAGGGCAGUAUGAGGUUACGGAGGACAUGGCACAAGGAGAGGUUUUUGAAUUCAGUCAAUCCAAAAGAGGCCAGGCUCCCUUCUGGCAGAAUUUUAGUAGAUUAGCUCCAUUUAGGAAAUAGAGAUACACAGACUCUUCUGAAGGACCAGCUAUUUUUCUUAGAAGCACUAACACUGGAUGAUCAUGUCCCAUGAUGAGGAAAAAUACGAAACACACACACACACCCAAACGCAAGAGACUCCGAAGUUAAGGACCAAUGUUAAUAUAGAGCGCGAUCUGAAGCAGCAAGAGGACUGAAGACUUGGAAUGAAAACAUUGAGGAAAAAAAUUUACUCAGUUCAUCAUAUAUGCUAGUAAGGUUCUUAGUUAUCAUGCUUCUCCCGUUGAGUCAACUGUCACGAACUCCUCCCCCCGGAUUCUGCAUUGUUCACGCCAUCUGAAUGUCCUGGAGUUAUUGAGAUUGUUAUACUGUAUGAUUUCAUUUUUUUAAUCCAUCAUCCGGACAGAAACACAAGGCCAAGCCAGGUCACUCCUAAUGGUAUGAUUGUUUCCAAAAAAGCUGAGAUCUUGCUGUGCUGCUAUGUGAGAUUACCUGUUGCAUUCUGCUGAAUGUGAGACUGGACGAUGAUGGGCCUCGGCUCCUGGCUGUGGCGCACUACGGGACCUGUGAAGCUCGACUGUCAGCGCGUUAGAACCACCAGACCGCCAGCCCAUCUCUGCCCCGCUGAUGCCUGCGUCCGGAUCUCCUCCUCACUCUCAACGCUCCACGCUCACCUCCUCUAGCCGGUCUGCAUACACAGUCGUAGCCCUCUGACGUCAGCGCCGCCCUCCCCUCUUUGCAACCCUCUCUAUCUCUCUACCCACCUGCUCGGCCUCCAUGAGUCAGUGGCUCUCAGAGGAAGAGCCUCGCUUUCUUGGAAGCUCGCCAUUGCCUGUGAUAGGACGGGUCAGGGAACAAAAGUCAGAACAUCAAUAGAAUAUUUACAUCCUUUCACCCAACCAAUUCUGACAGGGUAUUCAUAUCCAAUCACGCCGAGGGGGCUGUGGGGUCGCACUUGCCCCUCUGAUGAAACAGCUGGGCGCUGGAGAUAGGCACGCUCCACCUGCCUCGUGUCAGAGCCCCCCCCGUCUCCCCCCCACUCUCCCCAGAGACCACCCCUGUAGCACUGUGCUGGCAGCUCACUGGGUGUUUGGAAAGAGCGUGGCCUACCUCCGGAAAUCCACCGAGAACGAAAAGUGACGUUGAUGCAUUGGCCAAGGUCGUAAACGAUCUCUCUUUUUCUUGUCAGCUGUUAAGAAAACAGACUUUUUCUUCUUCUUCAGUUGACUUUAUUAUUUUGUAUUGCUCACACUGUAAAAAAGCACAGCACAUAUUCAGUCUGAGGAGUACUUUAGCAGGGGCAAUGCCACAGCGUGACAGAGCAGACUAGCGUUCUGUCCAGCACAAGGGGAAACGGUCAGAGAAAAAUGGCAGAAAUUUUAAAAUGAACAGAAUGACAGUGUGAGUCGUGAGUCAGUGCUGCAAAAAAAAAAAGUGCACUGCAAGAAGCGUUAGCCGAAACCUUAGGGAGGCAGAAAGGUGAAUUCAAUCUGUAGCACGCAGUCGUCGUCUGACAGAUUCACGAAUCUCUGUAGACUGCAGCUUCAAAUCUUGGCACUCUUCCUCCGCCGCCGCGUUCGUUGUUCCAGAUCUGAUCCGUGUUCUGGCGGUUAGCUGCGGCUCUCGCUAAGUGAUUUACAAAGGACUGUGGCCCGAGAUGAGAUUGAUCUGUUUAAUCAACAAAAAGCUGCUGCGAGAGAGAGAGAGAUAGAGAGAGAGAGAGAGAGAGAGAGAUCCUGCCACAGAGUCCGUCAACGGGGGAGUUAGAAAGAGAAGAUGGACUGAGGAGAAACUACCAACUCACACACAACAUGAAGGUGUAUUCUUUUCUACAGUUGGAAUGUAAGUGAAACAAACGCCUGUCCAUGAUUUGUGAUCAUUCUCUGACCUCAGACACAGACUCACACUUUGUGUUGAAUUAUUAUCACCUGACGGACAGUACAUAUACAGUUUGACAACUUGUGCGAUGUGAUAUAUCAUUAUAUAUCUUCACUAUUCACUACAACGUGAUAUGAAAGAGUUAAAUAUCGUUCUAUGUCAUUUGUUUGCCUUCUUACAGGCCUUAUAACCUAUUGGAAAAAAAAAGACCUUCGAACUUGCUUUGUAUGUUGUGUAAUUUAUGUUUUGUUUCAGUAAAGAAAGUUGAGAAACGGGUGAGUUGGCUGCUGGUGUCUGUAGAGAUGGCUCCCAGUGAGAUUGUUUUUUUUUAAACUUUCCUUUGGAAGAUAACUCCCUCGUCUGGCACAGCAAAAAGAUAUGGUUCCCAGGCCAUGAUAACCUCAGGUCCAGUGCUACGCCCGCCUGCCCACCCCCAUCGCCACGCUCCCCCAACCCCCCCCCACCCCCCCGACUCCACGCCACCGCCAGUACCAACAUUCAGACACAAGCAUGCAGGCACACACACACACAAACACACACGCAAACACAUAAUCAUGCACAUACUUGCUGGCCCGUUCUGCUGCGGAGAAGAGAGAUGCUAUCUAACAGUGCCUUCCAGCAUUCCACUAGUGAUUAUCUAUUCAGUUUCACAGGCAGAUUUGAAUUAGUCAUGUAUUUUCCCUUCAGUGUGGGACUUGCAUCUCUCUAUCUCUCUCUCUCUCUCUCUCUCUCUCUCUCUCUCUCUCUCUCUCUCGCUCUCUCUCUCACAUACACACUGGGAAUCCCUGAAUCACUUAAGAGGUCAGGCCAUUUCCAUACGAGUAGAUACUGUGCUGUCUGACUAAAUCACUUAAAAACACCAUAUUAUAUAUAAUGUCACACUUACAUUGCCGUAGUUUUAUUGCACACUUUAAAAAAUGACUUAUUUCAGAUGUUUAGAUAAAACAUAGUUUCAUUUAUCUAUUUAACAUGCUGAGAGAUGAUUUAAUUUCAAUAUAUAUAUAUAUAUAUAAGUAGGAAACGAGAAAUUCAUUAGUUCACAUUUCAAAGUAUAUUAUUAACGAGUGAGUUAUAAAUCCAAAAGAAGAGUCAUCUAUUUUACCUUUAUCGGCUACACACUGUAAAUACUGUAAAAAGGACAGAUCAUAUAUUUGGAUAUCGGUAUUUUGCGUUGGAGACGAAUGUUGUUCCAGUUCUAGCGUGCGGUAGACCUCAGUACCAGGUAAAUGCAUGCUUGUGGCAUCCAAUAUUUUGCAUGAGACUUAAGACAACUCUUAGCAGAUUGUUUAGUUUCAUUUGACUCCCACUGGGGUUCCUGUUUUCUUUUAAUGCACCACAACGCAGAACCGUUCAUUUGUGAAGCCAUGCCAUCUCACUGAAGGGAGUUCUUCUCUCUGUCCACCUGUCUCCUGCUCACAUCGCGCCCAAGGUCGUAGCUUCUGUUUUUAUUUAUUGUUGAGGAGAGGGGACGUCCUCCCCUCGUCAAAGACUGAACUGUCGAUAGGUGAUGUGAAAGGCACUGAUGAUCUCUUAGCCCAGAUAUAAUGGGUACUAUAUAAACUGUAACAUUGUUUUAAACCUUUUAGUAUUAUUUUUUCUUUUCUUUGACUUCAACCUAUGCUGUCAUGGUCCAAACUGCUGGUUGUUUUCUUUUAGAAUGCCAUUAACUGCUGAGGCAAAAAAAAAAACGGGUAUCAUUUUUCUAUGACAACAGUGAGCCAAAUAGGCGUAAACACCGAUCACGGGUGUUUGUGUAUAGAUUUGUAGUCGAGCAGAAGAGAUGAAUAAAUGCUAGAACCUCUCGGGAUGAUCUAAAAAUAUACGUAAUCCCGAAGUCACACACACAUACACACACACACGCACACACACUACUGCACUGCAAUUCAUAUCAUGCUUUGUUUCAAAUGGCAAAUGAUCCUUCGGAGUACAAUGACUUGACACUGCAAAUUGAUUCUUCACUUGUAUUUAUUGAAUGCAGUAUUAAGCAGCACCAUUUUGGCCACAUUUAGAACGAUAUAUAUAUACAUGUCUAUAUAUAUAUACAUAAUUAUCAGUCUGACCUUGUACUGCGAGCUGAGAGGACAGCCUUCUGUGCAGAUUUUUUAUCUUUCUCUUUUCAGUCAUAAAACCAAGACAGCCAACUUAGCAGACUGUCCAUAGUUUGCUCUUUAAUCCGGGGGUUGUGCAUGAGCCAGUAGAUCGCGUUCACUCACAUUUAGCGUAGCGACAUCCUCAAUAGGAGCUCCUGGUGUACUGGGAUAUUGUUUCAGAAUAGUCAGGGUACAGCAGCGUCUUCAAUGAGCCACAUUCUCAAAGUGUCGUUAAGUUACAACAAGGUGAACAGAAGACCGACAUCCUACAAUUUAAAUCGAUCCAUUGUAUAUAGCCAUGUAGUUUGAGGUCUGGAUUUUUUUUCACAGUAGAAUUUACUCACAGUAUCUACAUCCUUUGUCACCAUAUGCAAACUUUCUGUUUUCUUUCUUGCUGGCCUUUUUCAGUUUGAUUAUUUGUUGUAGAAAUUAAAAAAACAAAAAAACUUAAAAAUAAUGCCUAUUCAAUCCAGAAACUGUGAAUGGGAGAGUGGAGAUGUCAACUGUAUGUACAUUAUAUGUUUUGAUGUAAUCAGAAGCACUGGGAAUAUGUUGUUCUUCGCUGUAAAAAAUAAAUCCAUAUCUGAUAUAGCUGUACUUUUGUUGAAAAUAAAACCUCUACCAGAA